UCAUAAGUUGCUUGCACCAAGAUUUUUCCGGGAAAAUAUUUGGGUAUGGGAAAAAGUGUAUUUCAAGAAUCUCUAAAAGCUCUAGAAGCUGAUAUUCAGUAUGCUAAUACACUAGUGAUCUUCUAUUCAAAUUCUUCUAAAAGAAUUAAGCAUUUUUUGUCAUGGCAUUAGGCCAUCCAAGGGAUAAAGAAGGAGGAUGCUUUCAAAUGAGGCUAUCAUACAGUCCAGUGGCCCCAAUUUUUCUUUCUCUUUUUCAGUGGACAGAUUAUCGUCUUGCCGGUGCUUUUGGUUUGCUCAGAAUUCUAAUUUAUGUGACAUAUGGAAAUGGGAAGACUACUAUUUCAAUAUAUGAAAGGAAAGCAAGCAUUCGACAAUUUUAUUCGAUUAUAUUUCCUGCACUAGUGCAACUCCAGAAUGGCAUCACAGAUUUGGAAGAAAGGAAGCAGAAAGAAGUAUAUGCUAUUAGAUUCCAAAAGAAGACUGAUUUCAAAGAUAGAAGAGAAUCAAAAUCUGAAAUUGACAUUGAAAGAGACCAUGAAUGUGGAGUUUGCUUGGAGGUGAAAGCAAAAGUUGUGCUUCCUAAUUGUUGCCAUCAAAUGUGUCUCAAGUGUUACAGAGACUGGUGUCUUAGGUCUCAAUCUUGCCCCUUUUGCCGGGAUAGCCUGAAGAGAGUGAACUCUGGUGACCUUUGGAUUUACACAGACACAAGUGAUAUUGUUGAUGUUGGAACAAUUUUCAAAGAGAAUUGUAAGAUGCUGUUUCUUUACAUAGAAAAAUUGCCUCUUAUUAUUCCAGACCCUAGACAUGUGUCUUAUGAUCCAUUUUUUAGGUGAGGUUUUCCUAGAGGUUUAUAUCUCUAUAUUGCCCUUUAAAUUCUACUUGUAAAUCCAUUUUGGACCAUAAUUUAAUUGUAUAUAUUCUGUUGUCUUUUAACUUUCAGCUUCAAGUUGAUAUAAUUUAUAUAUUUCUAACACAGAAUUCCAAUA